GCAUAGUGAGUCCCUUGAAGAGUUUUCAACAAAAAACAUAGAGAAACCAUGAAGUGCAGAAAAAAGAGCAAAGUACUGCUAGUUCCAUAUCCAGCACAAGGUCAUGUUACACCAAUGCUCAAGCUAGCUUCAUUGCUAGUCAAUCAUGGCCUUAAUCCAAUAAUCAUCCUUCCAAAUUUCAUCAAAAUUGACUCUAAAGAUGUGAAUAUUUCCAUCAUGUCAAUUCCAGAUGGGCUAGAUCAAGAUGGAGCAUCCCCUCGCGAUUUCUUCGCGAUAGAAAAUGCCAUGGAGAAUAACAUGCCAAGUCAAUUCGAAAGGCUCGUUCGAGAGCUACAAUUUGAUGGAAAAAAUGAUCAAGAAGAUGGAGUAGCAUGUAUGAUUGUUGAUUUGCUUGCUUCAUGGGCUGUUGAAGUUGCUGAUAGGUGUGGGAUUCAAGUUGCUGGAUUUUGGCCAGCCAUGUUGGCUACUUAUAGGUUGGUUGAUUCAAUUCCGGAUAUGCUCCAUAAGAUCAUCUCAGAAACAGGUUGUCCAUUGCACAAGGGUCCAAUAUGCCUCUCACUUGGUCAGCCUACACUUAGCCCACAAGAUUUACCAUGGCUUAUUGGAAAUUCAAAUGCAAGAAUUUCAAGAUUCAAGUUUUGGAAAAGGACAGUGGAAAGAACAAGAACCCUCAAGUGGUUACUUAUAAACACUUUUCAAGAUGAAUGUCACAAGGACCAAAAUACAACUAUUUUAAAUACCCAAAUUCUCCCAAUUGGGCCUUUGAACACUCAUGUAACAAUCAAGAAUUCAAGCUUUUGGGAGGAAGAUUCAAGUUGCUUGAAUUGGCUAGACAAACAAGAUGCUAAUUCAGUUUUGUACAUUUCUUUUGGGAGUUGGGUCAGCCCAAUUGGUGAAGCAAAAGUGAAUAGCUUGGCAUUGGCACUUGAAGCCACAAAAAGGCCCUUUAUUUGGGUGUUAGGCCCAUCAUGGAGACAAGGUUUACCAAAGGGCUAUUUGGAGAAAAUUUCAAAACAGGGCAAAAUUGUGUCAUGGGCACCACAAAUGGAUAUUCUACAACAUGAAGCUGUGGGGUGUUAUUUGACACAUUGUGGAUGGAACUCAACGAUGGAAGCCAUACAAUCCAAGAAGCGACUUUUGUGCUAUCCGAUUGCCGGCGAUCAAUUUGUCAAUUGCGCUUAUAUUAUUCAGAAAUGGCGAAUCGGCGUCAGAAUUGAUAGUUUUGGAUUGAAAGAUUUGGAAGGAGGAUUGAAGAGGGUGAUGGAGGAUGAUGGAACGAGUGAAAGAAUUGAUAGGUUAAAUGAGAUGACAAUGAGCAAAGUGGCUAGUUGUAAAGCUAUGGAUAACUUGACAACAUUCAUUUCGGAUGUUUGUAUAUGAAAACUUAUACAUGAACUAUGUAUGGUUGAUAUAAAUGUGUUUGAGUGAUUUAUAUUUUAACUUAGUAAAUUUAUGCUUCCACAUCAUUGAUGCAGGAGCAAAGAUA